CACUGUUCACCUAUAUAAAUUUUUUUAUUUUUGCUUUUUAGUAAAUUGUUUUUUUUUUAAGAAAAUUUAUAUCAAAUUAGGAAAAAGCUUGGUGGGUUGCAAUAAGGGGCGUCAAAAUUCUCUCUGCUGGCUUAGGGAUUCGUGAUCUUCUUCACAUUUACAAACACCUUCUCUUGUUCCUUCAGUAAUCAGGUUCAACAUUUUCUUGCUUUCCCUUCCCCUUAAAUUCGACCUCGUUUUCUUAACCUAAUCAAAUCAAAAUCGACCAAUUCCUUUCUGACGCAAAUCAAAUCACUGCUUAAAGAGGAUAGUUAGUUAGUUGGAAGUUGCAAUGAUUAAAGGUGGUAGAAUCCGGCUGAACACGUGGCAGCAGGCGGCGGUGGCAGUGGGUUCGGCGGUGGGGGCGUUGUUGGAUCCACGAAGAGCGGAUUUGAUAGCAGCUCUUGGAGAGACAACUGGAAAGCCCGCUUUCGAGAAGGUUCUUCAAAGGAUGAAAAGUUGUCCUGAAGGCAAGGCAGUACUAUUAGAGCGCCCUCGUGUUGUAUCUGCAAAAGUAGGGCAUGCAUGGGACCUGCCAGCAAACACAUUUGGUGCUGCGUAUGCUAGAUUUAUGGGAUCCAGGAACUUUUCACCAGAUGAUCGUCCUCCUGUACGGUUCAUGGACACAGAUGAACUGGCCUAUGUAGCCAUGCGGGCUCGUGAAGUGCAUGACUUCUGGCAUACCCUAUUUGACCUUCCUACUAACUUGAUUGGGGAGUCAGCACUGAAGGUAAUUGAGUUUCAGCAGAUGCACCUUCCUAUGUGUCUUCUGUCUGUUGUAGGGGGUACAGCAAGAUUCAGCGAAAAGCAGAGAAAAUUGUUUUAUCAGCAUUACUUCCCAUGGGCCAUUCGUGCUGGCAUGCAGUGCACUGAUCUUAUGUGUGUAUAUUAUGAGCGGCAUUUCCAUGAAGACUUGGAAGAUGUUCGCAGAAAAUUGCAAAUUGUUUCUGCUCCUGCUAUUCCUUAACUGCAUAUUUUUGGACCUGGCAAGUUAUAUUUUGUUUCCUGGGUGGUAGCAGUGUGCUAGAGUUGUGUAACUGAAAUUUUUGAAUAAAAUCCAGUAUACAAGUUUUGCGUCUGAUGUUUAGUCAGUGAGCUUUUUAUAGGUUGGAUUUUAUCAUUGACGUCUAUACCAUGAUCAAUAAAAUAAAAUACAAUCGCAUGUUUGUUUUUUUCAGCAUAUCCUGUUUUUAAUUUUAUCCUUCUGUGCUAUAGUGAUUCUUCAAUCCAUAUGAUUGUAGCCACGGGAUU